AUGGUUGGGGUCCCACGAAGCACUGGAUGUCAGAUUUGCAUCAAGAGACGCAUUAAGUGCGAUGGGUUGCGGCCCGAGUGCUCUCAAUGCCGUAAAUAUGGUGUUCAGUGUCCUGGCUAUGCGAAAGUCCGCAAAUUUAUGGACGAAGGACCCGUGAUCAAGAAGCGAUAUGGGCAGACUGCAAAUCUAGUCAAUGAGCACGAGAUCGAGGAAAUAAGAGAAGAGAGUCUCGCACAUCCACCUGAUUCAAUUGACGAGCAGAUUUUCCCUUCUUUAGUCGCAAAGUCCAUGACUCGGCAACAGCCUGCAGUAUUCCGUGACUUCGUCCUCACAGCAUUUCCCCGCUUUUUCGGUCUCAACAAAUAUCGCGUCCAUGUUCCUUGGGCAGUGUAUGUAGCGGAUGUUUUGGGGACAACUCCAGCCCUGGAUGCAGCGAUUUUCUGCAUCACGUCCGUUUUCAUGGGACGGUCAAAUCACGACGUCGCCCUGCAAAAGUCUAGCCGAGAGAUGUACUCAAAGGCUCUAGUCUCCUUAGGAGGCAUGAUCAAGCAUGACAGGAUCAUGCGAUCAAGGGAAAGUGUUAGCACAUCCAUCUUACUCAGCCUAUUCGAAGCAUACUCUCAAACACGAGAGGACUCCUGGGCUCAGCAUGCCGCUGGAGCUGCUCUGCUGAUGUCCAUGCGCGGGGCAAAAUCCCAUCUCACUGGGUUCGAUCGCUGCCUGUAUCUUUCCUUUCGCAGCUUUCUCACUGCCGCUGCGUUCAUCGAGGGCAAACCGUGCUUCUUCGAAAAGCCAGAGUGGCAAUCCCUCAUCAAUGAGAUCCGAAAGCAGGACAUGGCCGAUCCACGAGCGAAUGCAACUAUCUCGGCCAUUAUUGACGUAACGGACCGAUUAUUUAUGGAAGUCGUCAAGAUUCCCGGCCUGAUGUAUCGGGUCAAUCGGCACCUCAAUGCCUCUCCGCCGUCAUCGCCCUCGGAAUCAGAACAGCUGAUCUCGAGGUUAUACCAGUGCAAAGAGAAAAUACACGGCUUAGCGUCUGAACUGCGUCUCGUUGCCUCCAUACAGGGCCAUAGAAACACCCGCGGUAAAUUAUCCCUCAUAGGACCGAUUCCGUCUACACUGCCACAAACUUUCUCAAACGGCGUGCUGCGCGGCACCAAAAAUUGCUUCAAAAUCCUAGACCUUCUGUCACACAAUCUCAUUGUUUCUCGACACGACAAUUACUACUCGCCUUAUGCCGUAGCUGACACUCCCGCUGGAUCUGGAUCAUUAACGUCAUCAUCAUCUCCUCUAUCAGCUCUAGAGCCAAUGCCCAGUGAAUCAUUUUUCGACGUACCCAGGAUCAUACCCUUCCACAUCGUCUCCAGAUUUCGCGAUUUUGACGACGGCGUGAGCUUCCCUCUGUCUGAGGGUAUACAAAUGAGUCCGGUGGACAAAUGGUUGGAUCAGGUCGCUUCGUCCAUGGGUAUGGAGGCCUUUGAAGUUGUCAUCGACGAUAGGAUCGACGAUAGUUGUUCGAGCCUAGACGUGGACCCGCAGUCCGACCAUGCCUCGGCGUUGCCAAUGAGAGAGAAAUCGGUGUUCUGA